AGUAACGAAGCCGGGGAAGCCAGUGGCCGCUCAAGAUUCUACGCAGCAGUAGUAAUAUACGCUUUAUUAUACCUGUAUUAUUGUUUUCUUCAGUUGGUUCGAAAAAGGUAUAUUAUAUAGAACAGUAUUUUGAAGAUUCAACCGCGUCAGAAUUCAAAUGUAAGACGACAUCACAAUUUGCCAGCUUGAUACGUGGAUAAUUUUUUGGAUUCCUCUACAGUUUGAAUGAAAAUCGUGCUUUAUAACUGUGAUAUGUAAAUGUGCAUGUAAAAAUGACUUAGGAUCACUAGUAUGUGUUUAGUCUAGUCAAUUUACUGGCGUAUAGUGGUCUGUGCAUCUUUGUCUCGUGUUUGGCCUGUAAAGACUUGGGGAACGCUUUCCAUUCAAGGAUAUGUCUGCAUAAUAUUUGAUUGAAAGAAAAAACAAGCCAUCUACUAAACCAAUAACAAAGAGAUCCUCCGAAUUAUUUGAAUAGAAACAGCACCAAUAGAGGUCCCUAUAGAGUAUAAGGUUGUCCAUUAUCGAAUUGCAUCAUGUUCAGCUGGUUGGGUACCGAUGACAGGAGGAAGAAGGAUCCUGAGGUCUUUCAGACAGUCAGCGAUGGCCUCAAGAAGCUCUACAAAACCAAGCUGUUACCCUUGGAGGAACACUACAAAUUCCACGAGUUCCACUCGCCCGCCUUAGAGGAUGCAGACUUUGACAACAAGCCCAUGGUUCUCCUUGUGGGGCAGUAUUCCACUGGAAAGACCAGCUUCAUACGAUACCUGUUGGAGCAGGAUUUCCCUGGAAUGCGGAUUGGGCCGGAGCCCACAACAGACUCCUUCAUUGCAGUGAUGCAUGGAGACACGGAGGGGGUGAUCCCUGGCAACGCCCUAGUUGUCGACCCCAAGAAACCCUUUAGGAAGCUCAACUCCUUCGGAAAUGCCUUUCUCAACAGGUUUGUGUGUGCCCAGCUUCCCAACCCUGUUCUCGAGAGCAUCAGUGUGAUAGAUACUCCUGGUAUCCUGUCUGGAGAGAAGCAGAGGAUCAGCAGAGGCUACGACUUCGCAGCCGUUUUAGAGUGGUUCGCCGAACGCGUGGACCGCAUCAUCCUCCUGUUCGACGCCCACAAGCUAGACAUCUCAGACGAGUUCUCGGAGGUCAUCAAGGCCCUGAAGAACCACGAAGACAAGAUCCGGGUGGUUCUUAACAAGGCUGACCAGAUCGAGACGCAGCAGCUGAUGAGGGUUUAUGGCGCCCUCAUGUGGUCGCUGGGGAAGAUCGUCAACACGCCUGAGGUCAUCCGUGUCUAUAUCGGGUCGUUCUGGUCACACCCAUUGCUCAUCCCUGACAACCGUAAACUGUUUGAGGCGGAGGAGCAGGACCUGUUCAAGGACAUCCAGUCACUGCCCCGCAACGCUGCCCUCAGGAAGCUCAACGACCUCAUCAAGAGGGCACGGCUCGCCAAGGUCCAUGCCUACAUCAUCAGCUCUCUGAAGAAGGAGAUGCCAAGUGUGUUUGGAAAGGAGGGCAAGAAGAAGGAGCUGAUCAACAGCCUGGGAGAGAUCUACAGCCGCAUUGAGAGAGAACACCAGAUCUCCCCUGGAGACUUCCCCAACCUCAAGAAGAUGCAGGAGCAACUGAACGCCCAUGACCUGAACAAGUUCCAGCCCCUGAAGAUGAAACUGCUGGACACAGUGGAUGACAUGCUGGCCCACGACAUCGCCAGCCUCAUGGUGCUGGUCAGGCAGGAGGAGACCAACCGACCCCAGCAGGUGGUGAAGGGAGGGGCCUUUGACGGUACCCUCAACGGGCCCUUUGGCCAUGGCUACGGCGAGGGUGCUGGGGAGGGCAUCGAUGAGGCAGAGUGGGUGGUGGCCCGCGACAAGCCAAUGUACGACGAGAUCUUCUACACGCUGUCGCCGGUCAAUGGUAAAGUGACGGGUGCCAACGCCAAGAAGGAGAUGGUGAAGUCCAAGCUGCCCAACACUGUGCUAGGGAAGAUUUGGAAGCUGGCUGACAUCGAUAAGGAUGGGAUGCUGGAUGAUGAGGAGUUUGCCCUGGCCAAUCACCUGAUUAAAGUCAAACUGGAGGGGCACGAAUUGCCCGCCGACCUCCCCGGUCACCUCAUCCCCCCCUCCAAGAGGAAAAUCCCUGCUGAGUAGAUCCCCCCCCCCCCUGCAUCCUCACUUCCCCAGGGCACUGAAGAAGAAAGGGAGUUGGUAGGAGGAAGGGCAGUGAAGGAUCUUUGGGGGGUGCGAGGGUAAAUUCAUCAAGGUUGGACAACCACGCUUCAAUAUGAAACAAAGAAAAGUCUAAACUUUGUGGUCAUGCUUAGAGAGAGCAAAACUAUUGAAAGUGUUGGCUUGCUCUUCUGAUCUACGUAUGAUUUGUUUUGUUUCUUUUUUAAAUUAAACUGGGUUGAAGGGGGUAAAGGUCAUGAUUCAGAGUUGGGGGAACUGAUAUUGGACUCUUACUGACUGCACCACCUGCAUGCCAUAUUAUUAAACACCCCCACUUAGAGUGUGCUAUCUGUGACAAUAAUCUGCAUUAUCAUUGGAUACAUGAACCCUGUCUGUUUCUCAAGCAUAAAGGAUUUGUAUUUUAUUUGAGCCUGAAUUUGAACCUACGUCAUAUCUCCCUUGGCAUAAAAUAGGCAUGUUUCAAAAAGGAUAAACUUAAUCUUAAUAAUCCUGGUACUUAUCACCUUAAAAUACAAUAACGGCUAAAAUGCAGUGAUAUGAACCCUUUUUUUAAUAUAUAGACAUAUUAUAUUUUCUUCUUGUGAACAGGCAGCAUCCUAAACAUGCAGGCCCUUCAUAGCCUGACCAAGAGACUGUUACAACUGUAUAGCUGUCAUGUUGUAAAUCUGAGAGAUGGUAGACCUUUAAAUGUAUAAUGUUUGAAAGUGCUUUCUAGUAACUUGUAUCCCUGUCCAACGUUUGUAUGUUUAUACCUGCGUAAUUAACCUAUUAUUUAGAAUACUUCACUGUUGAGGGAAAGAGACUUCAAUCUUUCCAUGGACAAGGAGGGGAACUGACAAUGGAGAUAAUGUUUCUGUCAUGUUCUGGCUUUUCCGAUGGGACGUAGAAUACAUACAAAUAUUCCUUCAGUGCUCACUGAAUGCAUAACUCAUUAAAAAGCAAAGGUUUUAAAUCAGCACUUUCAUUCAAUUAUCGUACUCAGAUCGUUUCCCUCAGUACUGUAGAUAGCACAAAAAAUAGCUCUAUUCUUCCUAUACUGUGACUUUCAAUGUUCAUCAUACAGUGUAUAUCUACCAUAGAGACUGUUCUAGGUUCUAUAUUUUAUGAUAUCCACUAGUGUUGUAGUUGAGACCACUUCUGGAUAUUAUCCACCAUAAAGAAUAUGUCAUAAUCCAAAUACCCUGUGUUUUGUGUACCUGAUUGGUCAGAAACAGAAAGAUUGAAUAAGUCAAAUAUGUAUGGGUAUUGUAUGUAGAAAAGGCCCCCUAAUUGCGUGUUCAGGGCACGUUGAAUUUCGUAGCUACAGUAAUACUGGCGGUUAUUACUGGGAUCAUGUUGGGGGAACACUUAUCUGAAAGGAGUUCUUAGGGGCAACAGAUAUGUUGAGAGAAUAUACAGCACACAGUAUGAACAGGCUCUAUUCAAUCCGUAGCACUGAAGAUCCGCUUUAUAGAGCAAUUGACAAUUAAAGACAAUGUUCCCGUGGUCACGGAGACUGCAUUCACGGUAAACGCUGCGUAUGUCGACUCAAUCAGAAUGAGAGUUUCUCCCACUCUGUACACAAGGGGUAAGUUUCUUUCCCUGGCUGAUAUGACUGAUACUAUUUUCUCCUGCUGUCUGUCUGUUGCUGCUGAUAGUACGCUAGGUAUCCUGUUGUCAUCAUUCUGUUGCUGUUGACAGUACGCUAGGUAUCCUGUUGUCAUCAAUCUGUUGGUGCUGACAGUACGCUAGGUAUUCUGUUGUCAUCAAUCUGUUGCUGCUGACAGUACGCUAGGUAUCCUGUUGUCAUCAAUCUGUUGCUGUUGACAGUACGCUAGGUAUCCUGUUGUCAUCAAUCUGUUGCUGUUGACAGUACGCUAGGUAUCCUGUUGUCAUCAAUCUGUUGCUGCUGACAGUACGCUAGGUAUCCUGUUGUCAUCAAUCUGUUGCUGCUGACAGUACGCUAGGUAUCCUGUUGUCAUCAAUCUGUUGCUGCUGACAGUACGCUAGGUAUCCUGUUGUCAUCAAUCUGUUGCUGCUGACAGUACGCUAGGUAUCCUGUUGUCAUCAAUCUGUUGCUGCUGACAGUACGCUAGGUAUCCUGUUGUCAUCAAUCUGUUGCUGCUGACAGUACGCUAGGUAUCCUGUUGUCAUCAAUCUGUUGCUGCUGACAGUACGCUAGGUAUCCUGUUGUCAUCAAUCUGUUGCUGUUGACAGUACGCUAGGUAUCCCGUUGUCAUCAAUCUGUUGCUGUUGACAGUACGCUAGGUAUCCUGUUGUCAUCAAUCUGUUGCUGCUGACAGUACGCUAGGUAUCCUGUUGUCAUCAAUCUGUUGCUGCUGACAGUACGCUAGGUAUCCUGUUGUCAUCAAUCUGUUGCUGCUGACAGUACGCUAGGUAUCCUGUUGUCAUCAAUCUGUUGCUGCUGACAGUACGCUAGGUAUCCUGUUGUCAUCAAUCUGUUGCUGUUGACAGUACGCUAGGUAUCCUGUUGUCAUCAAUCUGUUGCUGCUGACAGUACGCUAGGUAUCCCGUUGUCAUCAAUCUGUUGCUGCUGAUAGUACGCUAGGUAUCCUGUUGUCAUCAAUCUGUUGCUGCUGACAGUACGCUAGGUAUCCUGUUGUCAUCAAUCUGUUGCUGCUGACAGUACGCUAGGUAUCCCGUUGUCAUCAAUCUGUUGCUGCUGAUAGUACGCUAGGUAUCCUGUUGUCAUCAAUCUGUUGCUGCUGACAGUACGCUAGGUAUCCUGUUGUCAUCAAUCUGUUGCUGCUGACAGUACGCUAGGUAUUCUGUUGUCAUCAAUCUGUUGCUGCUGAUAGUACGCUAGGUAUCCUGUUGUCAUCAAUCUGUUGCUGCUGAUAGUACGCUAGGUAUCCUGUUGUCGGCAAUUUUAGUAGAUGUUGCAAAUGAUACGGUAACCAAUAAAGGCGACCGAGUCAAGCAUUUGUCAUUCUGCUUCCUGCUUUUGUUUUGAUUAACUUCAGUAAGACUACUUGCUCUCCUGAGACAGUCCCUUUCCAGAUGUCAGGGAGCUAUGAAUCUACAUGGACACAAGUCAGAUGACUGUUUUCAUGCACGCCAAUUAAAGGGAUGUAUUUUCAGUCAGAUUGCAGCUUCUGAUUGUAUCGCACGUCACCUGUGCUCAACAGUUAUGCUUCACAUGUACACAACCCAUUCAAUGAUAACUACAUACACACACUGGAUGCCUGCUCUGUGUUCAUCAUCACAACGACUGUCAAUCCAUUGUACAGCCCCUUGUAAAUAAGAACACACAGUCUUCCCUGUCUGCUAGUGGAGAAUACUCAGACAGCUGUUGUGGUGGCACUCUCUGAUCUAUUGGCUAAUGUGGUGUAUCACAAGUGGAGGUGUCGGUGUUGUUUGUGCAGUCUGAGUCAUGGAUAUAGAGAGUUAGAAGGGGUGUGUGCCACAGGCAAAUGGAAAGGGGUGUUCUGGGAUAUGGAUCUUUUCAUUCAGUUGUAUUAUUCAUGAUUAACAAUGAGAGGUCUACUUGGUAAACCACAGUACCCUGCGUGUGUCUGUCUGUCUGUACCAUAUGUGCGUGUGAUUAACAGACUUGCAGAAAACCAGUAGCCAUGUUCAUGUGUAUGUUGUUCUAUGUAACUGUUCUCCAGUUGGUGGGAAGUUGGAUGGUAAAACAUUCCUCAUAUUAUGUUCUGCUUUGAAAACUAAAUAAAGCUCAUUCAUUUAUUACAGAG